AAAAAGAAGAGGAGAAAAGUCGUGAAAGAAUGCGAAGACAAUCCGGUAGAGAAUUGACAGAAGCCAAAAGUCAAAUGGAAGAAAAGGAAAUGCAAAAGUUAUUAAUGGCGAAAAAGAAAGAAAAGGAAGAUGACAAAAUUGCUAAGGCUAAAAUAAAGGCGCAGAUCGAAGCAGAUAAAAAGGAAAGAGCGGCAAAGCGUGAAGCGGCAAAACAAGCGAUUCAAGUUCAAAAACAGGAAGAAGCCGCCGCCGAAGCAGCGGCCGCUUUAGCUGCAUCAAAGAAAGAAUACACCGAAACACGGUUACAGAUUCGACCACCAGCAGGAGCGCCUAUCACUCAAACAUUUCAAGCUACCGAUACUUUACAAAUUGUACACGAUCAUGUUAGUCAACAUGUUGUUGGCCCAUUCCAAUUGAUGACGACAUUUCCAAGGAAAGUGUUUGAAAAUGAUGAGAUGCAAAAAACCUUAAAGGAUUUGGAUCUUGUUCCAUCGGCAGUUCUGGCGGUAAAACAAUCAUAA